AGAACUCAGUGUUCCCCCCGAGGUGAUAGAAAAGGCUCCAGAUCGGAGUCGAAGCCAAAGACAGCGUGGACCUGGGCAAGGAGCACAGGCUGGCACGAUGCGUGUGGUGGUGAUCGGAGCGGGCGUCAUCGGCCUCUCCACGGCCCUGUGUAUCCACGAUCGCUACCACUCAGCCGUCCCGUCACUGGAGCUGAAGGUCUACGCAGACCGAUUCACGCCGCUCACCACCACCGACCUGGCAGCUGGCCUCUGGCAGCCCUACCUCUCCGAGCCCAGAGACCCCCAGGAGUUGAGCUGGAACCAGCAGACCUUCGACUAUCUCCUGGGCCACAUCCAUUCUCCCGAUGCAGCAGACAUGGGCCUAGCUCUGACCUCGGGUUAUAAUCUCUUCUGCAAAGUGGUUCCGGACCCUCCAUGGAAGAACACGGUUCUGGGAUUUCGAAAGCUGAGCCCCCGAGAGCUGGACAUGUUCCCUGACUACAGCUACGGCUGGUUCAACACAGCCCUGACACUGGAGGGCAGGAGGUAUCUGCAGUGGCUGACUAACAGGUUAACUGAGAGGGGAGUGAAAUUCUUCCAGAGGAAGGUGGAAUCUUUUGAGGAGGUGGCCAGCGGAGGUGCUGAUGUGAUUAUCAACUGCACUGGGGUGUGGUCCGGGGCGCUGCAGCCCGACCCCCUCCUGCAGCCCGGCCGGGGCCAGAUCAUCAGGGUAGAUGCCCCAUGGGUGAAGCACUUCAUCAUGACUCACGACCCGGAGAAAGGCAUCUACCAGUGCCCGUACAUCAUACCGGGGAUGCAGACAGUGACCCUCGGGGGCAUCUUCCAGGCAGGGAACUGGAGCGAGGUGAACAGUAUCAAGGACCACAGCACCAUCUGGGACGGCUGCUGCAGGCUACUGCCCUCCCUGAAGGGUGCCAAGUUUGUUGGUGAAUGGACUGGCUUCCGGCCAGUACGUCCCCAGGUUCGGCUGGAAAGAGAGAAGCUUCGCUUUGGACCCACACACGUAGAGGUCAUCCACAACUACGGCCACGGGGGCUACGGACUCACCAUCCACUGGGGCUGCGCCCUGCAGGCGGCCGGGCUCCUGGGGCAGGUCCUGGAGGAGAGGAAGCUGCUCCAGAGGCCCCUGUCCCACCUCUGAAGCCGCAGGGACCCCAGCCCCACCACAGCCACCGCACUGCCCCUGGCCAGCGAAUGCGGGUCCUCUUCCGUAGCCAUCGCUCACUGCCCACCCCUCACCCCGCUCACUCCCCAGGAGGACCAGGCAAGGGGAACCACACCACCAAGUCCUCCAGGCAGAUCCAGACCCACCCGUGACUUACCCCCGCCCCCCACCAUCCCGGACCUUUCUUUCUGCUCUCUGAACUGGCCUCAUGAACUGGGGUUGGGGGGGUUAAGGGGUGGAACCGCCAUGUCCAAGAGUUCAGUGAAAGGAAAGCUCAGAAAAACCCAAAGGGGUGCAUGGAAAAGUGAGGCUGGUGGAGGCGGAGGAGCUUAGUAACAGGUCACAGGAGCAUGGGAAAGGCUCUGAGAAGGCCUGCAGCUAGCUACAACACUAAGCGGAUGUUCCUAUACCCUCUGUGGCCAGUCUGGCUCUGGAGACUUGCAGGGGGAAGUGCUCAGCUCAUCAGCAGUGGAGGGAGCACUGUCCGGAGGGGCAGGUUGAAGGAGAUCAGAAGUGUGGAGAAGGCAGAAGCAGCAUGGGACUGAAUGAGCAACAUCUGAUGCUCCCCCCCCCCCUUAUUUGUUUGAGAUCUGACCUUGAUGAGGCUGCGACUUGGAAGCGAAUCGACCAGAUUUGCAGUUCCGAUGAAACAGAUUAGCCCGCCCCCACUUUGUUUCAAAAGUCUUGAUGCAGGGUUGGAGAGAGACUGUACACUGGGGGAGGGACUUGCCGGAUACGUGGCUCUACCAAUUCCAUCCCCUGCACCAUAUGUGUCCCCUGAACACUGCCAGGAAGGAUCCCUGAGCACAGAACCAGGAGUAAGACCUGAGCACAGCUGGGUGUGACCUAGCCCCCCCUCACCCUCCCACCCCCAAAAAAAGAGGCUCUUAAAGAUUGGGAGAUGCCCAGCCCCACCCCCGGCAUAACAGAACCAGGGGGCUGAGUGGUGGCCAGGAGCUGUGGUUCUCUCUGGCCCUCUCAUCUCCCACUUUCCUCCCACCUUCUCCGGUCACUCAUUUUCCCUCCCUGU